CAGUCAUUGGCAGAUACUGAAGCAGACAGGCUGCAGCUUGGAGCAGAACAAUGAAGUUGUUGGUGUUGGCUUUAACCGUCGCCUUGCUGUUUACAGCUGGUGAGGCCUUGAGUUGUCACCGCUGUGUCCCUAAAAUGGCGGGAGAGGACUGUGAGCUCAGCGUGGAGUCGUGUAAACCCGGGAAGAAUGCGUGUGCUGCCGCCACUUUCCUCAGAGAACCAUAUGGACACUACCAGAAGUGCAUGGCUCUGACCGACUGCAAAAUGCUGAAGCUGAAUGCUUACAUCAACAUAAACUGCUGCACUGAAGACAUGUGCAACACCUUGUAAAAAACACCAAAGUACAGAAAAACACGAUUGAAUGUGGCUUCUGAUCCUCAAAGUUCCUGCAGCAGCUGCAAGCAGCUCCCGGGUGUCAACACACAUUAAAAAAUGCUAUUUUUAGAUAAAUAUACUCAGUAAUCGUACACCUAAAUAAAUAAGUUUUAAAAAUUGUGCCUUUAAAAGACUUUUAUGUAAUAAAUGAUGUUUUUUUU